CCAGCCAACAGCUCCGUUCCGAGAGGUGUGCAAGGCAGCGAGGAGAGGCGCGCGACCUACGUUCGCCAUCUCUGUGUAGCUGCAGCUGACGGAAAGCUUGGCCUCAACGCUUGAGAGGCCAGGUGUCUCUUUUGGGAUCAAGUUUCUCGUGCCAACGGGCUGCCUGUAUAAGCCGCGCACAAGGCGAAAACAGGCCGCCGCUUCUCUCCCGCUCUCUGCGACGGAGGGCGCCUUCUCGAACCGCAGUUGUUUCGGUUGACGAGAGACUGGGGGACGGACAGACAGGUUGCGUGAGGGCUAGGAGAAGUCCAUAAAUGGCGGAGAGCGGAACCAUGGCCGGAGCGUCCUCCGAUUUCAACGAAGACUGGGAAGACUGGGACCCGUCCCAGGGCAACUUUUUGCACCACAUGGUGGCGGGCUCGAUCGCGGGUAUCACGGAGCACACCGUCAUGUACCCGGUGGACACCUUCAAGACCUACGUGCAGUGCAUGCGUGAGUGCCCCGAGGCCGUGGCAGGGAGGAGGGUGAUGGAGAUGGUGCGUGGGCAGGGCAUGCUCCGGCUCUGGCGAGGAGUUGGCACAAUGUUCACGGGCUGUGUGCCGGCACACGCUCUCUACUUCAGCGUCCUCGAGAAUUGCAAGGACCGCCUGGGUGUCAACCAACCCGGGCAUCAGCCGGCGGGGGCAGCCGUCGCAGGCGCGGCGGCGACGGUUUUUCACGACGCGGUGAUGACCCCAAUGGACGUCGUCAAGCAGCGCCUGCAGCUGGGCUACCACAAGGGGAUGCUGGACUGCGUGUUGACUAUCCAGCGGACGGAAGGGACGCAGGCUUUUUAUCGAAGUUUCCCGACGACGUUGUUCAUGAACAUCCCGUACGGGUGCGUCAUGGUGGCCGUGAACGAGAGCCUGAAGCGCGUCAUGCGUCCGGCGGGUGACUACGACGCAAAGACCUUCCUCCUUGCCGGGAGCGGCGCCGGUGCCAUCGCGGCGGUGGCCACGAACCCCCUCGACGUCGUCAAGACGCGCUUACAGACGCAAGCGUUCCGGGGUGUAGCGGCGCCGCAAGCAGCGCGCUCGGAAGGCUUCGCAGCGCCCAAGGAAGGGGCAGCGGUAGGGGGGAGGGGAGGGAUUGUUCUACCGCAGUUCUUGCGAGCGAGCGGGGGAGCGGCGGGGGGG